AAAGAAAAAAAGAAAAGAAAAAAAAACUUAUUACAAGAUGGCGGCGGCGAACUGCUUGUACACUGUAAAACAAUAGAAGCAGCAGACCGAGAGUAGAGUUUAUUUGUUCGCUUUUUGCGGUUUCUUUUCGCUUGGUUUAUCAGACAACGGACUCGGCGGUGGUUGUUUCGGGGUGUGAGUAACUUUUACUGCUCGCUCUCGGUGAAAGUGCUUUAUUUAUUCCAGCAUGCUUUGUUAUUAGGGCUAGUUAGCGCUAGCUUGCUAGCUUAGCUACAUCUGUAGCUUUGCUCAGUAAGUAUCUAGCCGUAUAGAUUUAAUACAGAUCAGCUGUUAGCUAGCUAGCUGUUUUAAGAGGAGGGGAGAAAAGAGUUGUGAAAGUGGAUAAGUUUGUGCUUUAAUGUUUUUUUAAUGGCUCAGACGUUUUGUUUAUCGGGUUUUAGACGGAAGGGUUGUUUGUGUGAGAAAUGUUGAUGGUCUAAAAGUUUGAUAAAGAUAGAGAGAGAGAGAGAGAGAGAGAGAGAGAGAGAGAGACUAUUGGGCUAUAUUGAGGCUAAGGAGUUGGAGAAAAGUCCAAACUCAUGAGACAACACUUUUCUUAUCUUAAUUCAGACAUUCAGACUUUAUUUACUACUUCUUAUUUCUUCUGUAUGGUGAGCUUUUCCCACCGGGAUGCCAUGGAUGUUGGAAAAGUCUGCAUUCGAUAAAUAAUAAAUGCAAAGUACCUAAAGUACCCUUUGUGGUAAACGAGCUCGAGUUAGUUUAGUGGGACUUGUGGGUCUGGCUCGAUGGAAAAAGUCUUGUUGUUGCUGAGAUUUGUGUAGGCGUGUGUGAGCUCAGAGCAUUAAAACCCAGACAUUUAACGGUGAAUCGCUGAACUAUGUCGGGUUUCUUUUUGUUGUUGUGUAACUAGAGCACUAGUUGGCAAAUAUUGACUAAAAUGGAGGCAGUUGAGGAGAGUGUUUUGUAAAAAAAUAAAAUAAAUAAUAAUAAAAUAAAAAUUAAAGUGAAAGAGCAAAGGGGGGAAAAAAGGAGGCAGCGAUAUUUGAAGUGAAAGUUGUUUUUUUUUAUAUAACCGGGUUGAUUGAUCGGCAUGGCGGAUUAUGUGGUGUCGAGGCACAGCGCGGUGAUGGAGCGGCUCCGGCGUCGCAUCGAGCUCUUCCGGCGGCAUCACAACAGCUGCCAGAGCCGCUACGACAACACGGCCAUGGAGCGCCUCGAACUCGAGAGGCAGCAAACUUUCGCCUUGCACCAGCGCUGCUUGCAGACCAAAGCCAAGCGCUCCAACAAACACCGACAGCCGCAGACUGGGAGCGAGCAGGCGGCGCAGAGAGGCGCGGAGAGCGCCGACGGAGGAGGAGGAGGAGGAAGCGGCGGCGGUAGCGGCGGCAGCAGCAGCGCGCCUGGAGAGCAGAGCCGCAACAGCACCCUGAUCGCGUUGCAGGAGACAGUGAAGAGGAAACUGGAGAACGCCAGCCCUCCUGUUGGCCGUGACCAGGUAAAUGGAUUCAGUGACGGUUACCCCCCAUCAAAAAAGUCAUGUUUGGAAGAUGCAUGCUUGGGUAGUCUGAAUGGGUCCUCAAAUGGCAUCAUGCCCCCUCAUUCACCCAUGGACACCAAGCAUGGUUUGGCUGCUGACUUAGCACUGAAUGGUGCACCAGCGGUGGGUACUGCUGAGCAAAAUGGUGUCGCUCUCUCCGCUGAGUCUGACAUCCGUCUGAAGGAAAUGAAGCAAGAGCCCAUGGAUGACAUCCUGCCUACCGGUGGGGGCAACGGCAACAUCAUCCUGCCUGACCUCAACCUGAACGAACAGGAGUGGACCGAGCUCAUGGAGGAGUUUAAUCGCUCGGUGCCUUAUGAAGAAAUCCAAGAGCUCUUCAACGACGGUUUUGAGGACCGCAAGGACUCGGAGGUGCCAUCUAGCACUGUGGCACCUUCCAGCCUCCUCCCCGCAGACCUCGCUACGGUUAAGGCAGAGUUUUCCCCAGCACCCGCCUCUUCUGCCUUUGAACAGGACACGCGCACUGGGUCACCACACAUCCCGUCCACCUCGUCUGGGCCUCCGAUGCAUGCCAGCUCCCCAAUCAUGCCGCCAGCCUCUGCCUCCUCACCUUCUCUGUCCGGACACCAGCAUACGCAGCAGCAGCCUAGCCAGCCCAGGCCGCUGCAGAACCACCUGAUGCCACCCAAAGACUUGUCGCCGGCGCAGCAGCUGCAGCAGCUAGCUGCUCGGGAGCAGCACAGAGCACAGCUCAUGCAGAACCAGCAGCACCAGGUCCAGAAACAGCAGAAACAACAACAGCAGCAGCAUCAGCAACCGCCAGCACCCAAAUUUCACCAGCAGUCCAAUCAUCCAUCAACUUGGCAGAGUGCCCCUCCUAAUCAGAGUCAACUAGGAGGUGGUGCGUUUGGCCUGGAGAAGCCCACUAGCCCCUCGCUCUAUCCUUCUGACUUCCAGAAUCCCAAGUCCCUACUCAUGCCUGGCCAGCAGCCCACUAAGGGCUCUCCAAAAGCCAGUGCCCCAGGGGCAUACAUGCAGCCCAGUGGGCACCCGAUGUUGGGUCAUGGUACAGCUGCGUCUGGAACCCUCACCCAUCAACCAGCAUCUGGAGGCCAGGCGGCCAUGUUGGACUACAACAACACCAAACCGCUGAGCCACUUUGAGGCCGGAACACCAAGAGGCCCCGUGAACACGCAGAGUCAGAACAAAGCGGCGAUGCUCAACCUCCUGCACCAGCAGCCGCAGAUGAAGCCGAGGCCGACUGGCAUGCCAUUCAGACCUCCAACACAUCUGCCACACUCGCAGCAGGAGCCAGGUACUUACCCAUCUGCGCCCCAUGUCCCGGGCCCUGGUGCCAUGGUAACGCAGCCGGGUGGCAACGGCAUGACCGCUAACCACAAUAACGCAGCCUAUCUGAGCGGCCUGCAGAAGCAGCAAAUGCAGAUGUUGAGUCCACAGCAGAAACAGUUCCUCCAGAGACAGAUAAUGGCCGAGCAGGAGAAGCAGCGGCAACAACAGGAGCAGCAGAUGCAGAGACACCUAACCCGUCCACCACCUCAGUACCAGGACCAGCAGAACCCACCUACCCAGCAAAACCCAUUCCAGCAGCAGCCGCAGGUCUCCCAGUUUCCAGGUUCAUCUCAGCCGAUGGGCAGCGUGAACUCCCUCGGCGGUCCGGCUCCUGGUGUUCAACGCAUGUUUCCUCAAAAUCAAAGCAUGAUGGGAAUUGGUCAGGGCGGAGGUCCUGGCUCGGGCGCGCCGCCUGCAGCCGGUCAGGCAGAUCUGAGCCGGUCAUCUUGCGCGGGUGGGCUCGAGGCCCAGCAGGUCCUUUACGGAAACAUGCCUAUGCUCCCGCCCCACGCCAACCAGCAGAGAAUGCCCAUUACCGCAAUGCAGAACUACAGACACAACCUUCUAGUCCAGCAGCAGACCCAUCUCAAACAGCAGCAGCAGCAGCAACAGCUGGCUCGUAUGCCUAACAGUAUUCCCAGUGCUAUGGCUAACAACAUGAGCACCAUGCCCAGUUCAAUGCCCAACACCAUAACCAGCAAUAUCCAGGGUGCAAUGACUCCACAGGCUCAGCCAUGGCAGCAGCAACAGCAGCAUCCAAGUCUUCAGCAGGGCAUGACUGGUCAGCCUAAUCCCAACAACGGCGUCUUACCCGCUGGCUUUCCAAACUCUAGUUUCCACAUGCAGCCCAGGAUGACCAAGCUGCCCGGCAGUGCACCCUUCACCCAGGCUGGCUUGGGGAAUGGUGCAGCUGGUAGGCCUAUGGUGGGUAUGAACCCGGGGCAGAUGAUGCCCAACAUGGCCCAGCAGAGAGCAAACAGUGCCACCAUGGCACAGCAACAACCUCAGCAAGGACAGUCAGCACCCCCUCAGUCGCAGCAGGUGCUGCCCGAUCUGGGGCAGUUUGUGCAGCCGCAGGGUGGUCAGGUGCCUAACCGUACCGCGGGCAUGCAGUGCAACCAGGCCUACCAGGUCAACCGGACACCCAGUCAGCAGCUGCCGUUCGGAUACAACACCCAGUCCGGGGCCGGCUUAGCCAGCUUUCCUGGCGAGAGCGACCUGGUUGAUUCGCUGCUGAAGAACCAGACUCCGCAGGAAUGGAUGGACGACCUUGAUGAACUGUUGGCCAGUCAUCAGUGAUUGGGACUCAAACUAGAAAACUGAGUGAUGUGGACAUUACUGACUGUUUUCUGGUCAGAACUGCUGUACUGUGUGUAUGUAUGUGUGUGUGUGUGUGUGUGUGUGUGUGUGUGUGUGUGUGUGUGUG